AUGGGGACACAGGCGGUGCUGUCCAAGAAUUUUGUGGAGACUACAACCAUGGUGGCUGAGCUGAUGGAUGGUGGCAGCACAACGAUUUCACCACAGCCGUUAGCGAGUGCACCCACCACUGCAAUGAUGCCAACUGUUGAGGUGGUUUUGAAUAAAACGGCCAUGGUGGAAACAACGGCAGAGGUGGUUGAGACCGAUGCAGUGGACGAAUUCGUGGGCACCAGCUUCGAAUCGCUGGGCGUUGGUCUGGAGGAGGGAAUACGCAAUGAGGUCAAAAACGAAGUUGAAUCUGAUAUAGAAGCUGCGUCCGCGCCAAUAGUGGAGACUCUCCAUGAUGAAAUAGCACAGGAGGUGAAGCCACUAGAAAAUAAUGAAGAUGCAUCAGCACGAAACGAGACGACUGCAGAGAUUCAGGCAAAUCCAGUUUUAAAUGCACGCGAGCCUAAAACGCUAGAAGCUGAGCAAAAGCCCGAAGACAAACCAAAGCUGGAACAGUCGCAGGUGGCCGCCAUAGCUGCAACCGAUGGACUGGAACCAGUUCAGAGCGUCGAGUCCGAAGGAAACCAGAAGACAGAUGACGAACCAGUCACCGAUUGUAUUGGCGAAGCUAGUGAACCAGAGUCUGAAAGCCGAAGCAGACCGCUACCAAGUGGGGAAACCAGCGACCUAGUCUCUGUCAUACUUGACGAGAGCCGGGCCAUAACUGAGCAACCAAUAACUAAAACGAAUUUGCUGGCCUUGGAACCAGAAAUUGAGAUCUUAAAAUCGAGACCGACAACGCCAACGCCCGUCUUUGAAGUAACCAAACACCAAGUGACUAAAAAGCAAGGCGUAGAAGAUUUGCUGCCCAUCGAGGUGCCAGAGCUAGAUAUUCCAACGGAAAUGGCUAAAGUGGCUGAAAAUGAAGAGACAGUAGUACGUGAAAUGCAUAAGCUGCCGAGGUUAACUGAUGAACCGGAGCAUCUGAAUAAUUUAAAUGAAAUUUACGAAAAUGUUUUUGACGGCAUGGAAAAAGACGAAGAGUCAAAUGUAGAUUCAAAAAGUACGUUGCAGAUCCUCCAAAACAAACAGCCCCUAGCAGUUGAGGACAAUGUAACGAUUAUUGAAGACGCAUCCGGUGAGCAAGAAGAAGGAAAGAAAGCCGUGCAAGUGGAUCACACAGUGCUUUUGGAUAAGGAAGAAGCUAUUGCAUUUGCUGACCCGCAGUUGAGCUCAACAGAUGUGACACCAGUAGAUCCAGAAGAUUUUCUUCUAUCGACCGAAGCCCAUAUAGUGCCUAAGGUGAAGACAGAAGGAUCUCAAAGUAAUGAUCACGUUCAAGAAUCCGAUAGUGAAAUCGCAGUUGUGUCUGAGCCAACGAGUGCAUCGACAACAACGGCAACUAUAUCGACAACAGAGGGCACCCAAGAAACUGCUUAUAGUCCUGAGGAUAUCGAACAGGUUAAAGAAGAUACACUCGAGGAUGUGACCACAGAACUUCCUGAAGUAGAAGCACCAAACGACUCCCAAUUGAAAAUCGAUGAUCCAAAGGCCAGGUCCGAAGACAGCACAGCUACGCCUCUUGUCUCCUACCCACCACACGAUGCGGAGCAAACAUUUAACGAUAAUCUGGCCGAUGAGCGCACAGCGCAUCUCUCUUUGGCGGCCAACAAUCGUUCGACACUGAUCAUAGCAGUGUGUUCUGGUAUAGCCGUGCUCUUUAUUGUUAUAUCCCUGGUUAUUUUCGUGGUCUCUUUCCAACGCCAACAUGGCACUCUGGAUAUCGAGAUGCAGGAACAGCGACUGGGCAAGGACAAUCUAGAUGAAGAAGAUGCUCAGAUGAAACUACUCGACGUGGAGCUCCCUACACCAGUGGUUAGCGUUUCGAUGGGUACCGAAGAGACUGAAGAAUGCCUCUAAACGAUUCAAGUGCAGUGGCAUUGUAAAUAUACAUUUAUAAGUGAGCUAUUCAAAUGAAGCAUCUUAAAAGACCUGCACACACGAAUCGAGCAUGAUGUAGCUCCUCUACAUGGUUGUUAAAUAUUUGAGUUUCUAAAUUGUUGACUGACAAAAUUUGCUGAAGAGCAAAGAUAACAU